AUGGACUUUAGUCCACUGUCAAGUUAUCAAAAAGACAGUAUUAAACAAUUGCUUAAAACAGCAGUAAAGCUUGGUGCAAAGUAUGGUGAACGUCUUGAUCUGAGCCAGCAUCUUGUGCACAGAACCAUCGUCACUUGCAAUUAUUUGCCAUGAAGAGAUUCGAAAGAAAGUUUUAGAGGUGAUAAAUGGUGAUCCAUUCGGCACCACAACUAAUCUUUAGAAGGAAAAAUAUACCGGAACAAACUGUAUGUCAGUUACAGUACACCACAUUUCUCCUGACUGAACCCUGUGCAACUUCAUUUGGUCAACAGUUGAGUACGACCUUCACGAUCACACCACAGCAAAUAUUGGCACAUUUUACCUGGAGAAUGUCCCGGAUGCCCCGUUUCGGCUUGUUGCAACCGACAACACAAACACUAUGCAAGCUGUGUUUUGGUAUCUCCCUAAAGAUGAUCAAAUUGGUUGUAUUGCUCACAUCAGUUCGUUAAUAGUGAAAGUGUGUGUUACGUCCGAAGAUGCCAUAGAAGUUAAGACCAACAUAGAAGCUGCGAAAAGGCUUGUUGGACGUGUUAAGCGAACUGACCUUCAAUCACGCUUGACAAAACUCUUAAACAAACAGUUUCCAUGUGUUUCUAUACAUAUAGGGAAAUGA